AUGUUGUUUCUCAUUACAUUACUGCUGCCUUCUAUGCUUACUGAAGGAAGGGUUCUGACUCCAACUCAGAAAGAACCCACCAUAUCAACUUCUCACAAGACAAACAUCAAGACUGACUUGGACAAGAUUGAAUGGCAAGGUGAAGGAAAUAUCAUACAGACCUUGGAGAGUAUUCUCCUUACCUCCCAUCAAGACCAAAUAUUGUUUGAAGACCUGGUCAAUUUGAUCACAAGAUGUUAG